GUCUACGAAGAGUAAAAAGGUAGUUCACGCAACUUUAGAAGUAAAAAAUGUGUCAUACAAAUCCAUCAAUUCAGGAUAUAGCAAACCUUUGCUAUGACAAAUUUAAAUCAUUGCCAAAAACCGGCAAGCCCUCGGCCAACCAAUGGACUGUUUUGGCAUGUGUUGUGGAGCACAACCGUCAAACGAGAUAUAGUCGGGUGGUGGCUCUUGGAUGUGGAACAAAGUGCAUUGGUUACACCAGACAGUGCCCGAAAGGAUUCAUUUUGAACGACUCCCAUGCUGAAGUAUUGGCUCGCCGAGCCUUCCUUCGGUAUCUUUACCACGAAAUGAAGCACGACCGUAUCUUCCAUUGGGAAGCCAAGCGUGGUUCCUUUGACCUCAGUGAACACGUGGAGUAUCAUUUCUUCAGCAGUCAGACGCCAUGUGGGGACGCUUGUAUUGUGGAUGAGUCCAUAGAAAGGGGAGAUGACCAAAGGGCAAAGCGUCAGCGACUGGACGAGAACUCUGAGAUGGUCUACACUGGCGGCAAGCUGAUAGCUGGCCAAGUGUCUGAAGCCAUGACAUCAUCCGAUGACAUGCAUCAGACGCCGGGAGCCCUGCGCACCAAGCCCGGACGUGGUGUGCGCACUUUGUCCAUGUCAUGUAGUGAUAAGCUAGCCCGCUGGAGCGUGCUUGGUGUCCAGGGCGCUCUGAUCGACUCCUUGCUCUCAAAGCCCAUAUACUUCAGCACUCUCAACUUUUGCUGCAGUGAGGCGCAUCAGGAGUCCCUGGAGCGGGCCAUCUACAAGCGCUGGCAAGGGCGGGUCUCUAAGAACACGCGAUUCCAACCCCAACAGCCACAAAUACGCAUCGAUGGCGGUCUUCCCUUUGAGUAUUCACAACGCGGUGACUGGCAGCCCUCGCCCAAUGGGUUGGUUUGGUCGCAUGUGCCAGAUGAUCUCAGGCCCUAUGAGAUCUCCGUGAAUGGCAAGCGACAAGGAGUGACAAAAAAAAAACUAGGAUCCGCUCAAGCUGCCUUAGCCGUCAGCAAGUUUAAGCUUUUUCUAAACUUCCUGAAUCUGCAACAGUCGCACGCAGAAUUGCGUGAGAAGUCUCAAAGAAACCUUCCCGAUCUGGAGCAAAUGACUUACGCUUCCUGCAAGGAUUUGUGUGAGGACUAUCAGCAGUCGUGGCGCCAAUUAAAACGGGAAUACUUUCUGCAAUGGACCUGCAAGCCCAAUGAGCUGCUCAAUUUUACUUCGAAAGUUGAAUAACUAAAUCAUUGGUCUAUCUCCUUCAUAUGGAAACCUCAAUCGGAAAAUUGCGGAAAAUAGAAAAAUCAUACUAUCUGAUGGCUGAACAAAUCCAUAUACAACGCGAGUCGAACGACACCACUUGAAAUACCCUCAUAUUGCACAUGUGUAGUCAGAAAGGUGUUGAUAUUAGCUGAUCUCCACUAAAACAGGCUGGAAACCCAAACUGGGACCGGAAUUAUCCUAUGUGCGGUUGAUGGAAUGUUUACAGUCAAGGGUUCGGAAUACCAAGGAUUCACAUGAACAUAUAUUCCUAAACUCUGCGAAAGGUGCCCGUAUGAUUGAAUUAAAAAAUAUAUGCCUUCGUUUCAUAUGCAACAUUCAAGUGUGUUAUAUUUAGAUUGUAAUACCAUAAUAUGUAAUAUGUAAUAUUAUACUAAUUGUCAUUUUGCAAACGUUUAACAAACAAGUAAUCAAAAACGAAAAUACAUUACAG